UGCCCAUGUAUGUGUUAUAAUAUAUACCAUAUGAACUGGAUUGUUUGUACUCCACUUAAACUUCUCCGUGGAAAUCCUGUCGUUUACUUCCCGCGUACUUGAUCGAGUUUCUAUUAUGAGCGCGUGCGGAGGCUGAGGUGAGCUAGCUCACAGCAUUCAUUCUCACUCUCCUUGGCUACCUCGUGUCAUCACAUACACCCCUCACUCUUUACUACGUCUUCUGCUUUGUCUACAUACCCCUAAACUUGUAAUAUGUUCACACAAUGGCGACAAGCGGUUGAAAGUCUUGCACAACCCCAGCAUUCACCCAAGCCGUCUCAGGAUGGGAUGGCUGAUGAUAAUGCUGCGCGGUCCUCUUUGGAUGCAGCAGUGAUUCGUCAAUCUCUGUCAUCCUCUACACAACUGGCCGAGUCAGCGUUGACGAGUCUGAAAAAGUCAUUGGUUGCGCAGCGGUCUAUCAGUCCGGCUGCGAGCAAAGGAUCCCCACCAGACGCACGUCCAAGGUCUCCUGCGACACGCACCACGCUGGAGGACAGACUUAGGGCCAAGUUUACCAUUGGAGACGCGUCUCCGAGCACUUCACCCAACCCUUCCAUGAAGACAUCUCGUGUCGGUUCACCCGUGAUCGACCAUCCGCUGUCGCCUUCUUCGACACCAUUACCUGCAUCUCCCUCCGCUAGCAUGGAGAUCAAACGGCCAUUCUCUCCAGCUUCCACACCGUUACCGGAUUCUCCUGCUCUUGUGCCGACAUCUGCGUCACAGGAAGAGGUAGUUUCUCAUUCUCUCUCAGAAUCGCCAUCGCAAACCAUGGAUGAUACCCCGGCCGGCUCAAUACCAGAUGACAAUGCAGAAUCACUGACAAUGGAGAUUAGACCCGAAGACUCUCAUUCGCAGUCUGAAGCUAUAUCGGCUCAUUCUGUGUCAGAUGAGCUGCAGGCAGGUGAUUCUGACGCGCAUACUGGUGGUCAGGAUGAAGAGUCCCACAUUGAGGCGGAUGAACCACCAGCGGAUUUGCCUGUCUCAGCAUCACAGCCAGAAGACAUACAGUCGGAUUCUCUGCAGGCAGAGGUUGACCUUACUGUCACUCCGCCUGUGGAUGAAACUGAAUCUGGCGAAACUACUCCUCCGAAUUCCACGGAUACAACCAUUCCUUCGUCUAGCGAGCAUGUUGACUCUGUUGACGAGGUUAAUCCUGAACCGGUGGCAUCUUCAGAACUACCUAGUGUAGAGUCGGAUACAAACCAGGACUCGAGCCCUGAGAACCAUCCCAAUGGCGAUGUUCUACCCAACGGCGAUUCUACAGAACUUCCAGACACUAUCACGCCUGAACCUGCAGACCCGCUUCCGACUGUUGAUGUCGAAGGACUGCAGAAACGCCUCAAACUCGUCGAACAGCGGUUUACAGAUGUCUCUACUUCUUUCAAAAGGCUUCAAGCUGAAAAGGCAGCAGCCGAUCGUAUUCUUCGCGAGCUAACACCUCUGGAGAGCGUACAAGAGACAGAUGCUCUUCGUGAUUAUAUCCAGAAUAUGAACAUGAAGACGGAGAUGGCGCAAGACGAGAUUAGACGUCUCAUGGGCAAACUGACUAGACAAGAUGAACGUAUCGAGGAAUUGCGCGACAUACAUCGAUUAGAGUCGAAGUCGCAAUCCGACCAGAUUGACAAACUAAGAGCUCAGGUUGAAGGGGUCGAAGCACUACUCAAGGCUUCACAAACUUCUGUCACCCAAAGCGAAGAAGAGUCAGUCAAGUGGAAAGCCGAAAUCGAGCGCUUGCGAACAGAAGUGGAUCGUGCGAAAGGUUCUGCCAAGGAGGAGGAAGAGAAGCGAGUCAAAGCCAUUGCACUACUGAAGACUGUCAGACAAAAGUUGGUGAAAGCUGAAAAGGAUCGGGAUGAUGCGUUGAAAGAGGCGCAAGGUCUGAAGGAGAAAGAAAAGGAGGAACGGGAGAAGGAGAAGGCCGAACAACAGAGGCUAUUGGGCGAAGUGCAGAAAGCAAACAACGAGCGAGAAGUGGCGGUCUCAGGUUUGAAAGUGCAGUUCGAUAGGGAAGUCGCUCUCCUGAAGGAGCGGCAAGAGAAAGAAAUGUUGGCGUUGCGUGGUCAAUUCGAACUUGAGGUCAUUACAGUAAAGGCUUCGCAUUCGAAGGAAUUGGAUACCAGGAAUACCCGUAUAUCGGAGCUUCAGACGACGGUUCAGACGCUUUCUGGAGAAAAGUACGAACUUUUCGACCAGUUGCAAAUGCGACAAGCCGAACUUGAAUCUUCUCAGUCGUUACUCGAAUCUCUGCAAGGGCAAACGGUUGAAUUCCAAUAUCAGAUUCGGGAAGCCAACGAUCGCGUUGCUCUUUUGAACGAAGAACUUGCUGAUGCCAGGCAGGAACAAGUUCAAAAGCCUUACGAUUCUGUGCCUUCGACAGAAGAUGUCUCUCGUCUACUUUCCGCUGCCGAAACAAAAUAUGAGGGAAGGAUAGCUGAACUCCGCAAUCACAUCUCUACAGUCGAGCGCGAGCGAGACGAGGCGGAGAUGGAAUGGAGUCGCAAGCUCACCGAGAAGGUCAAGGAGAUAGAGUCGCUGAGAGGCGUUCUCGAUAUAUCAGCAAAAAACCAAGAAGAUGCUGCUGGAAACAGCAACCUUCUGCAACAGGAGAUCGAGCGACUCCAAGAUGAGAUACGUACUUACCAAGCGAUGAUCUCUGACCUGCGCGCUCAAGCCGGCAAAGUCACUGAGAUUGAGGUAUGGCCCUAUAUACUUAUCUCUUUUCAUAUCUUUUAUCAUCUCUUUGGCAGAACGCUGCUCAAACCCAGCUGGCCGAGGCGAAUGCUCGAUCGAACGCUCUUAGGCAGCAAUACGAAGACAGUAAAGCUAAGGAAGCUCAGCUGAAGGCUCUCAAUAAGACACUACGUGAUGAGCUACGCAAAGUUCAGUCCUCCGCGGCAUUGCUCGAGAAACAACGAAAUCCCGGUGUUGGUUAUUGGGCCUCUCGUCCUGACAGCUCUUCAGAUCUUCGCUCGCCAAGAUCAUCUGUGUCGGACCUGCCUAGUCAAGGUUCCAGACCGGGUUCCCCUGCUACUGUGAAGUCCGACGAAGAGGUCAACUUUGAGUAUCUCAGGAAUGUCAUAUUACAGUUCCUGGAGCACAAGGAGAUGAGGGUAUGUAUUAUCUUGCUUGCUUCUGCCAUUAAAUGACUGACUUGCUUGUAGCCUCAUCUUGUGAGAAUCCUGUCGACUAUUUUGCACUUCACACCGCAGGAAACCAGGAGAGUCAUUUCAAAAGUCUAGUCGAUCCCUUCCGCAACAUAGCUGUGCUCGAUGAGAUAUACAAAUACAUACUGUACAUUUGACAUAAUUUGAUGACCUUGAAUUGCUCGGGAACAUUC